GGCCGCCGGCCCCGCCGUCGUGCUCUUCUACGCCGUCUUCUGCUACACCGAGUUCGCCAUCGAGAUCCCCGUCGCCGGAAGUGUGGUGUGCUUGAAGCACAUCGGAAGCUGGGUGGUUGACAUUUGUUUCCUCUGACUAACUACAAUCCUGAUUCUGCUUCACUCUGCAAAAAGAACAAGCCAUGUCUUCUCUAUUCCAUGAUGUUUCAGACAACCAUGGAGCUGAUGGGCGACAAAAACAGCAGAGGCAAGUUGAACCUGAGGACCAGCAAGAAACCUCGGCUACUAGUACAGGUAGCCAGACAAUGGUAGCAACGCCUCCAACAGAUUAUGCGACACCCUAUGCUCAUCUGGAUAUGGCCCAUGCAAUGCCUAAUACCCUUGAGUCACGUCAUCAACCUAUGCACAACGACGAUCUCCUCCGUCCCCCGUCAGAAGGCCGCACGUCGGGAGGGUUUCUUUCAGGUACUCUGCCAUACUUGCGACCUCAGAUCCCCCGCACCGGCGACUUGGGGCCUCUCCUCUCCUCAGCUAGCCCUCCGUGCUCCGGCAAGCUACACCUCUCCGGCUUGAGGGAGAUCUUCACCCAGACCUCGCCCGCCGCACAGUCCAGCACGGUCCAGCCCCUAGCCAUUGCUCGGCGCCACAUUUUGGUUCUUGGAGUUGUUGCUGCAGGGGUCGUUAUUCUCUGCCUGCCUGUGCUUUCUAGGGCAUAUACUUUUCUCUCCAGCAUCGACGCGGCUGCUCUCAAAUUGGAGCAGCUGCAUGAUUUCGAUGGCUUGGUCUCGCGGUACAAUGGAGAGAUUGCCGGCGGCAGCGGAUUAUGGAUGAAUAGAUGGGUCAUCGGCGGCGGCAUUUUGGCCGGGCUAUUUGCUAUCGGUGCGAGUAAUGUUGGAGGUACGUGUUAGUGUUACGAGUUAUGUUGGAGAUCGCCAGGAGCCGUCGAUGACCGUACGACCGCCGCCGCUGUUCGUACAACCGCCGCCGCCGUCGCCGCCUGAGAUCACCCAUCCAGGGGUUUAUUUCCUCGUCCUCCUCAUGGGCUUCGCCAUCAUCUGUAUAUUCUCUAUAUCAGUACUACGACAUCUGUAGGUGUAGGUCCUAGUUCAAGCCCUCCCUCCCAAGGUCUUUCGCUGGUCCUCAAAAGCGAAAGCUUCUCACCGCAUUGUUCUCUGAACUCUCUUUCUUCUUCUUCUUGGUCCUGCGCCAUGAUCAAAUCUUGGUAUAGCGGCUGAUCGAGCUGAUGAGAUGGCUAUCAUGUAGCUAGGGAGUACUCUUGCUUGAGUUGAUUGAAGUGGAGUGACAGUGAUCACUUGUGACUGAAUGACUAUACUUACU